UUUAUACCCUUAGGGGAAUCACUGGGAAAGAGGGGGUUCCUCGAUAAAUCAUUAAAUGGAAGGGUUGGACGAUCACUUUUUCAAAGGCAAUAUAUUGCAGAUAUGUAUUAUAAUCCUUUAACCCCAGCGGAUGUACAAUAUUAUGAAGAUGAUUUUGAGGAUGAUAACGAUGAAGAAAUGGAUGAUGAAUCAGCAACAGAAGAUGGUGUUGAUGAUACGAACAGUGAUGUGGAUAGCAUCACAAAUACGGAGAAAGAGUCGGUAUAUGAAAAAUUAUACACCUCUACAUCAAAUAAUAUGUUCUUAAAAAAAUACAAAGAAUUAAAAUUGGGGGAAAUAAAAGAUAUGGAUAGUGAUAGAUCAGUUAUAUCAAAAGCUAUGAAUUUUAUUAAAAAGUUAAACAUACACGUAGAAUUAGAACUGUUAGACAUUCUGAGCGGUAGCAAUUAUCACAACCCUUUUACGAUUAGAAUAAAAAGUAAUAGGAUAAAAUUUUUGAAUGCCAUGUAUAAAUGUAAAGUAUUUUCCCCAGUAAUAAUUGGAGCACUUCUUACAUUAUCUUUAUUAUUUAUUCAUAGCAAACUUGCUUUCAUAGCGUGGGGUGCAACUAUUUUAUUCAUAGUAUAUUUAUUAGCUAAAGUAUGGAAAUGCGAAAAUAUAAUUCUCCAGGCGAAAGGUAACCCAAAAUUAUAA